UCCCUGUGUGAUAGGAAUGCCCAACACCAGCACCAGGCCUAAGCGUGGCAGACGGAACCGUCGGGUGCCCAGGGAGGACCCUGCCAGGAAUGAGCUGGUGUCCAGGUCACUGGAGAGUGCCCAGCAGUGUCUGUUCAACCAAGACUAUGGGACCGCCUUUGUCCACUACCUUCUYGUCCUCAACCUGGCUCCUGUGCUGAAGGACUUUGCCAGUGUGGGUAGCAAAGGAACCCCUGUACGCCAGGGCCCGCCAACCCUGUUCCUGGAGUGCUACCCUCCUGAGUCCUUUAGGUUCACUCUGUUCAAAUGGGCAGAUGAGCUCGACUCUCUGGGGCGCAUCCAGGACCUGUUUGACUGCUAUGAACAGGCUCUGGAGCUCUUCCCUACUGAUGAGGUCAUCAUCAACAGCAUGGGCGAACACCUGUUCAGGUAG